UGUCGCCCGCCCUCCGCUCACUGCCGCAGCGCCCCGCCCCCGCACUCCGGACCUGGGCAGGCGGUGGCCGCCCGGCAGCUCCCGGGCCACAUGGCUGAGGGGGACGCAGGCAGCGACCAGAGGCAGAAUGAGGAAAUUGAAGCAAUGGCUGCUAUAUAUGGCGAGGAAUGGUGUGUCAUUGAUGACUGCGCCAAAAUAUUUUGUAUUCGAAUUAGCGACGAUAUAGAUGACCCCAAGUGGACACUUUGCUUACAGGUGAUGCUACCAAAUGAAUACCCAGGUACAGCUCCACCUAUUUAUCAACUGAAUGCUCCUUGGCUUAAAGGGCAAGAACGGGCAGAUUUAUCUAAUAGCCUUGAGGAAAUAUACAUCCAGAAUAUUGGUGAAAGUAUUCUUUACCUGUGGGUGGAGAAAAUAAGAGAUGUCCUAAUACAAAAAUCUCAGAUGACAGAACCAGGCCCAGACGUAAAGAAGAAAACUGAAGAGGAAGAUGUUGAAUGUGAAGAUGAUCUUGUUUUAGCAUGUCAACCAGAAAAUCAAGUUAAAACUUUGGAUUUUGAUGUCAGUGAAAAUCGAACAGAAAUAGAAGAAUUACCUCCGAUUGAUCAUGGCAUUCCUAUUACAGACCGAAGAAGUACUUUUCAGGCACACUUGGCUCCAGUAGUUUGUCCCAAACAGGUGAAAAUGGUUCUUGCCAAAUUGUAUGAGAAUAAGAAAAUUGCUAGUGCCACCCACAACAUCUAUGCAUACCGAAUAUACUGUGAGGAUAAGCAGACCUUCUUACAGGACUGUGAGGAUGACGGGGAAACAGCAGCUGGUGGGCGUCUUCUCCAUCUCAUGGAGAUUUUGAAUGUGAGAGAUGUCAUGGUGGUGGUGUCACGCUGGUAUGGAGGGGUUCUGCUAGGACCAGAUCGCUUCAAACAUAUCAACAACUGUGCCAGAAACAUUCUAGUGGAGAAGAACUACACAAAUUCACCGGAAGAAUCAUCUAAGGCUUUGGGAAAGAACAAAAAAGUAAGAAAAGACAAGAAAAGGAGUGAACAUUAACAUCCGAAACUAUAUGAAAGGUUAAUUUGCCUAUAAUUAUAUACAAAUUCCAUGGUCAUCCAAGAAUAUAUUGUGCAGAGAGAGAACCCUGGACUGUUCAAGUCAGCCAGUUCAUUGUGAACACCAGCAUAUCUUUUGUUCUUUGGUUACAUCAUCUGCCAAAAUAGAGAACUUGUGAUAUUUUCAUGUGUGUUUCAGGCUGAUUCAGAAGGAUUAAUUUGAAGUUAAUCACCACUGCAUCUAAUUUUAGAAAGGUAACAGUUACCCAGGGCAGUACCUGAGUUAACUGUCCAUUUCAUUACAUGUCAAGUGCCUUUGUUAGGUGGGGAAGAAGUGUCUCUAGAGGAACAUAAAUACCUGAUUUCUCGUCAUUGGGAUUCUCAUUUUGUUAAGUGAGUAUUACCUUUUACUGCUCUUGAUGGUUUAUUGGAGUAGGAGCUCAUUGAAGAUGAUCUUCAAGAGUUUCUUCUUGUGGUUUUAAUUCAUAAGUCUGUCACCUUUCAUUUUAUAGUGUUCAUCAUGGAGUAAUGGAUUAAGUGAAAAUCCAGGCGUAUACACCUGCAGUUAAUGUGCUGAAGUGAUAAUUCAUCUAACAGAUUUGUUAGUAAAAGUGUUAUGCCUCAGUUUUCUGUUGCAAAUUGGUAUUUGUGAAUUUUAAAAGUGAUUUUCUAGUCUCUACUUUUUUGUUUAAUUCUUGUACUGUUAAGCAAUAAAUACGGUGUGCCAGUAGUCUCCUCCAACUGCUGAAAUGUAUCGGUGUAAUAGUCUGGUUUCUUCGAACAACCUGGAAGUACUUUUCUUGUGAUCUUCAUUGAGGAAUUAGAACUGUGCCGCCACUGUGAUAGGUUAAUGGGACAUUUAUGGAGUGGCAUAGAGGCGGCAGAACGCUGCUGGUGCAGAGUGACAGUGUGCUGUGGAGUUCCGUAAAUGUGGUGCGCUUUUCCUAUUCAUACUCCAGCUAUCUUUCUCAGCUCCAUGAUUUCUGGAGAGAAAGAACGAAUCUUUGAUGGGAAAAACAGAAAAUCCCUCUUUUUUCCCCCCAUUCUUAUAAAAUCUUCCUUUCAUCAGUUUUUUGUAAAAGUUGCUUUUUUCAUUUGCAAGUUGUAUAAUUUGCCACUAGGCAUUUAGAAAAUAAAUUUAUCUAUGAGGUAUUAUAAGUCAUUAACUAUUCCCUUUCAGAUAAUAGUUAUACGCAACUAUUAAAAAUGAUUAAUUAGUCACAGAUUUGCCUGAAAUUCCUUCAAAGAAAGAAACAGAAAUAAGGAAGCAGUUUGGAAUGGUGCUGGAGCGUGGAAAACAUCAAAGAAAAGUGGACACAUUGGUUUUUUUUCCUAUUCUCUAAUGUUUUAGGAGAUACAACAUCUUGACUUGGUAUUUUUAAUUAGAAUUUAGUAAACUGCUUUACUCUGGAAUGAAUUCUGAGAGGUAAAAUCUAAAUUACAUUUGUUGUCAGUGUGUUUAAUUGUUGUAACCCAUAUUUAUUUAAAACAUUUACCUCAAAUUCCAUGAAAAAGUAUGUUUUAUGUAUUAACUGUUAAAGAACUUAAAGGCUAUUAAUUAACAUUAAAAUGGUUUCAGUUUUGGCAUGUCAAAACCUGUCAAAGAAGAUAAAAAACAGUAAGAACUGGUGCUACAGAAAAAUGUGAGUUAAUUUUUCUGCAACACCAAAUUUGAAUUUCUUUCUAGCUGUUUUAUCUAACAUGUAUUUAGGUCUUUAUGCUGCUGCUGCUAAGUCGCUUCAGUCGUGUCCGACUCUGUGCGACCCCAUAGAUGGCAGCCCACCAGGCUCCCCCAUCCCUGGGAUUCAUCUUUAUAGAAAACCUUUUAAUCUCUGGUCCCAUUUUCCCUUACUAAAAACAACAACAACAACAACAACAACUUAUUUUUGCUUCUUUUAUUAACCACAUUUUCCAGACUAAAAAAACCCUAAUAUCCUUUGCCCAAAGUCAGCUAGUAAAAAACAGAGAUCCAGAAGUCUCCAGUUAUGGAACCUGAGUUAUUUCACACUCUUCAUUAUGGACCCCUAACUAGUUAUAGUAUCCUUUUGUCUAUUUAAAAUUUCUCUCUAUUAGAAGGUUUUCACAUUCUCCAAAUAAUAAUUCUCUAUAGCCAGAUCUAUGCUGUGGCAUAUUUUAUAGUAUAUUGUGUUAGUUAAAAAUAUUCUCCAUAUGCCAGUAUGAAAGAGCAAGUAGCAUCUACUUUUUAAAUGGCAAUAACAAUAUGAUUUGGAGGUAUAUAUCAUGGUACAGAGCCUAUUUGAAGAGAAAUUGUAUCAAAUUGAUCACAACCAAGAAAGAAUAGCAUGAAGCAGAUACUGUUUGGAAGGCAGGUAAAAUUUAUUGUGAAAAUUGUAUAGCCACUUGUAAUUCCACUGUCUAGAGAUAACGUUAUUAACAUUUGGUAUGCUUCUAUUUUUUUUCCUAUGCAUGAUUUUGUAUAUAUGGCUAUUUUUCUUUCCAUAAAAAUGGUAUUAAACUGUAUAUACUGUUUUGUAUCUUGCAUAUUUCAUAUAGAGGUAUAUUGUUAACAUUUUCCCAUGUCAAUAAAUAUUCUUCUAUGGCUUAA